AUGCCAUACAUUCUCAUCCGCGGUAAUCUUGCGUCCUACGGCCACAAGCAUCCAUUCCGCGUGCUAGUCUCGGGCUUAAAAGCGGUCGACAUUGAACAGCUGAACCGUUUCCCAUGCGGAGGCUACAGCGAUGAGUCCACCGUCGUCUAUCUGCAGCAUCCGUGCGUGAUGCUGACGGCACUGGAGGUACUCGGGUAUCGUGUGGUAGCCUCCUCAUCGACAGCAGUAAAGCAAGAUUACAACGAGUACAUGUGGACGAUGCGGAAGGAGUUUAACGAUCCCGAACCGUACCUCAGCGAAACGUCUUCGGCCGUGAUCGAACGGGACAAUCUGGCCAACAGUGGCCGAGAGGGCGGCAACUAUAACGGUGGAAGCAGCAAAAUCGACCUGCCCGAAUGA